AUGCCGUCCAAGAAGAAAACAGUUCCGAAAUUGCAGGCCGCCGACAGCUUCCUUGCUGAGAAAGCCCAGCUCGAGAAGGACCUAGCCAAGCUGGAGGAGGAGAUCCGUGCCGACGAAGAAGAACUGCGAAAGGGCAAGGAAUACUUGAAGGCGCUGAUCAUGGAGUACUACCAGCGCUUCGGUAUGCAGGCAGUCCUCCGCCUGGACCCCGAACUCUACCUUGACAUUUUCCAGCCUGCCUUUGGCACGUUUGGUGAUCCUGUGACGGUCGUCCACCUGGUUCAGAACAACAACAACCGAAGCCACUCCAUCUACAACCUUCUUCGAGACGCAAUGAAGGGCAACCCCAAUCCCUAG